AUGACUACUGCCAAGGGAAUGGCCAUAGGCAUCGACCUGGGCACGACCUACUCGUGCGUGGGCGUGUUCCAGCACGGCAAGGUGGAGAUCAUCGCCAACGACCAGGGCAACCGCACGACGCCCAGCUACGUGGCCUUCACCGACACGGAGCGGCUGAUCGGCGACGCGGCCAAGAACCAGGUAGCCAUGAAUCCCCAGAACACUGUCUUUGAUGCCAAACGUCUAAUUGGCAGGAAAUUUAAUGAUCCUGUUGUGCAAUCAGAUAUGAAGCUUUGGCCUUUUCAAGUGAUCAAUGAAGGGGGCAAGCCCAAGGUGCUGGUUUCCUAUAAAGGGGAACAGAAAGCGUUCUACCCAGAAGAAAUCUCUUCGAUGGUGCUGACCAAGAUGAAGGAGACUGCUGAGGCUUUUUUGGGCCACCCUGUCACCAAUGCUGUGAUCACGGUGCCGGCCUAUUUCAACGACUCUCAACGCCAGGCCACCAAGGACGCAGGUGUGAUUGCGGGGCUCAAUGUGCUAAGAAUCAUCAAUGAACCCACAGCUGCUGCCAUUGCCUAUGGUUUAGACAAAGCUGGUCAGGGCGAGCGACACGUCCUGAUCUUCGACCUGGGCGGGGGCACGUUCGACGUGUCGGUGCUGACGAUCGACGACGGCAUCUUCGAGGUGAAGGCCACGGCCGGCGACACGCACCUGGGCGGCGAGGACUUCGACAACCGGCUGGUGGGCCACUUCGUGGAGGAGUUCAAGAGGAAACACAAGAAAGACAUCAGUCAGAACAAGCGCGCGGUGCGGCGGCUGCGCACGGCGUGCGAGCGCGCCAAGAGGACCCUGUCGUCCAGCACGCAGGCCAACCUGGAGAUCGAUUCACUUUAUGAGGGCAUUGACUUCUACACGUCCAUCACCAGGGCCCGGUUCGAAGAGUUGUGUGCAGACUUGUUUAGGGGUACCCUGGAGCCCGUGGAAAAAGCUCUUCGGGAUGCCAAGAUGGAUAAGGCCAAAAUCCAUGACAUUGUUUUAGUUGGGGGCUCCACGCGCAUCCCCAAGGUGCAGAGACUGCUUCAGGACUACUUUAAUGGCCGCGACCUCAACAAGAGCAUCAACCCAGAUGAAGCAGUAGCAUAUGGAGCUGCAGUGCAGGCAGCCAUCCUGAUGGGUGACAAGUCUGAAAAGGUACAGGACCUGCUUUUAUUGGAUGUGGCCCCACUGUCGCUGGGGCUGGAGACGGCGGGCGGCGUGAUGACCGUCCUGAUCAAGCGCAACUCCACCAUCCCCACCAAGCAGACACAGGUGUUCACCACGUACUCGGACAACCAGCCCGGCGUGCUGAUCCAGGUGUACGAGGGCGAGCGGGCCAUGACGCGCGACAACAACCUGCUGGGGCGCUUCGAGCUGACCGGCAUCCCUCCAGCCCCCAGAGGAGUUCCUCAAAUCGAGGUGACCUUUGACAUCGAUGCCAACGGUAUUCUGAAUGUCACGGCCAUGGACAAGAGCACGGGCAAGGCCAACAAGAUCACCAUCACCAACGACAAGGGCCGCCUGAGCAAGGAGGAGAUCGAGCGCAUGGUGCAGGAGGCCGAGAAGUACAAGGCCGAGGACGAGCGGCAGAGGGAGAAGAUCGCAGCCAAGAACGCGCUGGAGUCCUACGCCUUCAACAUGAAGAGCGCCGUGAGUGAUGAAAGCUUGAAGGGCAAGAUCAGCGAGGCUGAUAAAAAGAAAAUACUGGAUAAAUGCAAUCAGGUCCUUGCAUGGCUGGAGGCCAAUCAACUGGCUGAGAAAGAAGAGUUUGAUCAUAAAAGAAAGGAAUUGGAGCAGGUGUGCAACCCCAUCAUCACAAAACUCUACCAAGGAGGCUGCACUGGGCCUUCCUGUGCACCGGGGUACGCUGGAAGGCCUGCUACAGGUCCCACCAUUGAAGAAGUGGAUUAAUCUUCUCUGAAACUGGAUGGUUCUAGGGUGCCUCUUGGCGAAUUUUCUUCCCCUCAUCUUCAAACAUUGUUGUGAUUUUUUUUAAUUGGACCUGAAAUCAAGUUACCACCUCUUUGGGAGUCUCAUAUACUAUCCUUUC